GAAGAAGAAGAAGAAGAAGAAGAAGAAGAAGAAGAAGAAGAAGAAGAAGAAGAAGAAGAAGAAGAAGAAGAAGAAGAAGAAGAAGAAGAAGAAGAAGAAGAAGAAGAAGAAGAAUUGGCGCAGCCGCAGAAGGAGGAGAAGAAGAAAGACAUCUCUGAGUUUAUGUUGCCUCUCUUUCGGCUCUAAACUUCUUCAAACUUCUUCAAACUUCUUCAAACUUACAGAGCCAGAAGCAGAACACUGAGGCGGGAAAGAACCGGAACAGAACCGGGACUGAGCGAAGGGACUCGAGAAACCAGUUCCGAGGGUCCAGAGGAGACCAGUCUGUCCACAUGGACUCCCAGCAAGGAACUGAGGGACUCUCUGGUGGACAUGUACAGAGCUAAUCCUAAAGUGAACGUGGAGCUGCGACAGCGUCUGCCCUCACCUGGAAGACACCACCUCAGCAGCCCCGACAGACCAGGGAGCAGCCAGAACCAAGAGAACCCUGACUGGCCUCAGGCUCCUCAGUAUCUCCAGGAGCUUCCAACCCCCUGCUCCAUCUCCCCUCUGUCCCACAGGAGGUCCGUCUCUCCUGUCUCUCCCGUCUUCCAGAAGAGGUCUGUCUCUCCCGUCUCACCUCCAUCCUACAGGAGGUCUGUAUCUCCGUUGUCCUCCAGGCUUCCAAGAGUUCCAGGGGAGAUGGAGGUGGACCUUUCCCACAGCAGAGACCCUUCUCCUCGGGUAGAGAACAGCGGAGACGCCCCAGAUGAUGGAGCAACGUCCAGAGGUCCUGGAAGUCUGGCCCUCAGAAGACACCUGGUCCCUACUGCCAACAGUCCUCAUCAGAUCUCUGCAGCCGGUCGACUUCAGAGUUUUGAUCGAGAUAAAAAUAUCUCGUUUCUCCUGAAGGAGCUCGACGCCCUGAGAGAGAUCAACAACAAGCUGCAGGAUCAGCUGAUCCAGAAGGAGAAGGAGCUGCAGAGGAGGGAGGUGGAGGAAGAUCUGAGGGAGGAGCAGAGGGAGGCGCAGCACUGGGGGAGGCCUGCAGCGGUGUUGGAGGAGGUGCUGGCGGCUCAGAAGGACAGAGAUCAGGCUCUGAUGUCACGACUCCUGUUGGCCAAUGAGGAGAGAGACGAAGCUUUGCUUCGAGCUCGACGACUGCAGCAAGCAGCUGAGUCGGACAGCUUUAACCUGGAGGACACUGACCUGGACAUUGAUGAGCUCAUUCAGCAGGUCCAUGACGCCGACUCCGGUCAGGACGUCCACCAGUUUGGUUCAGUCCUGGUCGAGCGCCUGCGGUUGGCACGGCAACGACGGAAUGACAUCACAGCCCAGGAGAUGAAGGCAGUGAUGGAGGAGAGAGACAGAUCUUUUGUUAAGUGUAAACAUCUGGAACAGGACCUGCUUCAGGAGAGAGAGCAGCGGACGAGCGAGGAUGAGCUGCUGAGGCUGGAGAGGGAGCGUGACCGAGCUGUGGAGGACAGACGCCGGCUGGAGGCGGAGAUUCAGGCACUACGAGCCAAUCACAGCUCUCAGGACCUCGCCCCACCCUCCCAGCCCUCAUCGCCAGGUGAUGGAGCCCCACCCCUUCCACAGGUGGAGCCGCAGCAAGCCCCGCCCCCUCAGGCCCUGCUAAUCAAGCUGCAGCGAAUGUCUCAAGAGAAGCAGAAUGUGGAGGCGGAGCUUCAGCGCUGCCAGGAGGCGGAGCGAGAGGCCAGCGAGAGAGUCCGCAGGUUGGAGCGUUUGGUCGAAGUGUUGAGGAAGAAAGUCGGAGCCGGAAGCCUUCGAUCAGUCAUCUGAUCGCCUCGUCAAUAAUCUGAAGUAUUGAUUGUUUCUACAUCACUGAACUGAUCAAUGAAGGUUUUAUUUGUUUGUUUGUUUGUUUUGUUUUCUUCUGUUAUCAUUAUUAUUAUUUUUAUUCUAUUCUGAUAUUAUGAACCUACAAGUGUUUCUGUUUUUAUUUCCUCUUCUUUCAAUAUUUUUUAGGAUUUGAAACUUUUAAGCCCUGAAACGCCUCAGAAGUUUUAAAGUUUUCAGUUUUUUUUCAGGUGUUUUCAAUCAUGACCGUGUUUUAAACAUGAUUCUAUAUUAGAACGGGACAAUCAGCUGAUUUUAUUUGCACUGUUGCUUUUACUUUUUGACACUUCUAUCUGAUUUUAUCUGUAUUAAAUACGACCGGUUGUAUUUCUUUGUACUUAUUUUUGGUGUAACCAUGAAAUAAACUGGUGAUAAUGUUCUUUUUCA